AUGGACAACAAAUUGAAUCAGAUCCUUGUUGAGUUUGGCUUAGAUAAAUGCUCAAAGGAACCUUCGGUGUAUAGGAAGAACUCAGGCCAAGAUCUUUUAAUCGUGGGAGUGUAUGUUGACGACUUGUUUAUUACGGGAACAAGUCUAGAGCUUAUUAAAAGGUUUAAGGAGGAGAUGUCUAGCAUUUUUGAAAUGAGCGAUCUAGGCAGAUUAUCAUACUAUCUCGGGAUCAAGAUUGAGCAACAUCAAGGAGGUAUAACACUUAAUCAAAGAAGCUAUGCGUUAAAGAUAUUGGAGGAAGCAGGACUACAGAACUGCAACUCUGUUCAUACACCGAUGGAAACAGAGUUAACACUAUCAAGAGCAGAGAACGAAAGGGAGAUCGAUGAAACAGUCUAUCGAAAGCGAGUUGGAUGUCUCAGAUAUCUACUUCAUACUAGACCCGACCUCUCCUUUUGUGUUGGUAUUUUGAGCAGAUUUAUGUCCAGUCCGCGAGAGUCUCAUGGUGUGGCUUUAAAACAGUGUUUACAUUACUUGAAAGGGACAGUUGGCUUGGGUCUAUCUUAUGGAAGAUCGAGGGUGCCUAAGCUAAUUGGUUACAGUGACAGUAGCCAUAAUGCUGAUCCUAUUGAUAGUAGAAGCACAUAUGGUCACAUCUUUUACUUCGGUGAUAGUCCAAUCUCGUGGUGUUCAAGGAAGCAAGAUGUUGUUGCUAUGUCAUCGUGCGAAGCAGAAUUUAUGGCUGGUACAGAAGCUACUAAGCAAGCAAUCUGGUUACAAGAUUUGUUGGCUGAGAUUACUGGGAGUUUGCUUGAAAGGGUUAUCAUUCGUAUUGACAACGAAUAA